AUCUCCAAUUUAUACGCCAAUUGCUUGCUUGUUCCCCACCCCUCGAACGGCUUUCACGCUCCCCAAAGACAUUUUCCCUUCGACUCUUCCUCGACUUCCUGACUGUGCUUCUUUCACGUCUCUCGAGAUCUACUGGAUAUAGCACCUAUAUCGUCGGCGAGAACGUUUUCGAGCCACCAGGGCCGUGUCGUGUGAUUUCGCCAUAAGCAACCGUCUUGGGGAGCCACCCGUGGAGCUUUCGCGCUCACCAUGAAGGCUACCCCGUUGCUGAUCGCGUGGCACAACGAUAAUGCCCCGAUCUAUUCGGUCCAUUACGACCCCAAUGGUAAAGGUCGUCUGGCGACGGCUGGAAAUGAUAACAACGUUCGAUUAUGGCGAGUCGAAUCGACUGGGGAGGACAGAAAGGUCACGUAUCUGAGUACGUUGAUAAAGCACACCCAAGCUGUCAACGUGGUGCGCUUCAGCCCGAAAGGCGAGAUGCUGGCAUCUGCCGGGGAUGAUGGUAACGUGCUCCUUUGGGUUCCGUCGGAAUUGCAGACCCAGGGUGGUCUAGGCGAGGAUCACUCGGAUGAUAAAGAGACCUGGCGAGUGAAGCACAUGUGUCGUUCGUCUGGAGCUGAGAUCUAUGAUCUGGCCUGGUCGCCGGAUGGUGUUUUCAUUAUUACAGGCAGCAUGGAUAAUAUCGCCCGGAUAUACAACGCCCAGACCGGACAAAUGGUGCGACAGAUUGCGGAGCAUUCGCAUUACGUGCAGGGCGUCGCGUGGGACCCUCUCAACGAGUUCGUGGCGACGCAGUCAUCGGAUCGAUCCGUGCACAUCUAUAGUCUGAAGACCAAAGACGGACAGUUCACCCUGACGUCUCACGGAAAGUUCUUGAAAAUGGACCUGCCGGCCAAACGAAUCUCGUCCAGCAGUCCGGCUCCGCCAGACCUUUCGAUCCGAUCCCAACCUCCUCCGAGCUCAGCGAUCAUCGCUUCCCCCGCCUCGUCGACUCCAGGAACCCCGAUGGCUUCGAAUCUGCCCAUGGAUCCGCCCCCGGUAUCGCAUAGCCGCCGCUCUUCUUUCGGCUCCUCGCCGUCGAUUCGCCGUUCUGCAUCCCCUGCGCCGUCGCUGCCACUGCCCGCCGUCAAGCCGAUGGAGCUUCCAUCCCCCAAUUUGCUGGGCGGGCUCGGGACCCGGAACUCCAAUAUCUACGCCAACGAGACGUUCACGUCUUUCUUCCGCCGGUUAACCUUUGCUCCCGAUGGGAGUCUCUUGUUCACGCCCGCAGGGCAAUACAAGACGUCGCACUUAUCCGCCACAGAUCCGUCCAAAACCACGGACGAGGUCAUCAACACGGUGUACGUCUAUACGCGCGCGGGGUUCAACAAACCGCCCAUCUCCCAUCUUCCGGGCCACAAGAAGCCGUCCGUGGCUGUUAAGUGCUCGCCGAUAUUCUACACCUUGAGACAGGCGCCCCAGGCGGUCCGCCAUAUCACCUUAGAUACCUCAUCCGGAGAAGAGACUUUCGCCUCUCUGCCUGACCCCGUGGUCAGCUCCGCGAAUGGCACUACUGCGAUGGAGCCGCCUUCCUCGACACCCGCCACCGAUUCCUCAAAAAGCAUCAAGGGCGAGGGAGAAGCCGCGCCUAGCCCCGCACCUGUCUUCUCCUUACCCUAUCGCAUCGUCUAUGCGGUUGCGACCCAGGAUGCUGUCCUCGUGUAUGAUACCCAACAGCAAACGCCGAUUUGUGUCGUCAGCAACUUGCACUUUGCCACAUUCACCGAUCUCACAUGGUCGAAUGAUGGCCUCACGUUGAUCAUGAGCUCGUCCGACGGCUUCUGCUCGACUCUCUCUUUCACCUCUGGCGAACUCGGCCAGCCAUAUACAACUUCGAACCCGGCAACCCCGCAGGUGAAAACCGGCGCACCAUCUACCACCCAAGCGCCCCCGCCAACGCCGGCGACCUCUGCCGCGAAACCGAGUCCGGCCUCCACCCCUGCUCCUGCUGUCCCGGCACCGCCAGCGAGCCCAGCACGCUCGAACUCUGUCUCUUCUGUUACAACCCAGUCCACAUCCCAACCACCAAACCGGGUGGUCAACAACCCGACCCCUACUCUCGGCUCCGUGCCACUGGUGACAGCAACUCACUCCUCCCAACCCCCAACUCUCCCGCUCACCACACCCCCGGAGACGCCCUUACCCACCCCCCAAGGCGCAUCCAACCAGCAGAGCGUCCUGGGAAAGCGAGCCAGCGAGCCAGAGAAGGAGGCACCCAAAGAGCAGACCUCCGACCCACAGGUCCAACAGCCGCCCAAGAAACGGCGUAUCGCACCAACGCUCGUGUCAGCUGGCAACGAAACCCCUGCUCCAAAGGACCAGCCCCCAAAUGCAGACGGCGGUAACUAGACGCACCUACCCUUCUCAAGAAAAAGUACCCUCUCCCACUCUCCUCAUCCAGUGCAAAACUCCGAAUCAUUUCUUCGAGUCAUGGCGAAUGACCCCGUGUGCGCGAUACCUUUUGAUGAUUUAUGCUUGUUUCUUUCUUCUUUUUCUUCCAUUCUCCUUCCCCCCCUUCCGCCCCCCCUCCCUUUUCGGUUUAUCCAAUCCCAUAGG